UCCCUACUUAUCUAUUAAUCUAUUAUUGCACCUGCAUGCUUAGUGUUCCCUUUCUCCACAAUUAGCAAAUCUCAGAGCUUAUCAACACUAUUAAUUUUUGCUUCUCUCCAUCUUUCCUACCAACAAUGGCAGAUUCCUCACCCCAAACUACAAAGCACCACUCACCCACUAAAGCAGAGCCCAAGGCUUCUCUUUCUUCCAUCUUCUUCACUUCAAGAAAAGCCUCCGCCUUUGCUUAUGGAAUCGCCUUUGCUCUCAUUGCCUUCACUUCCUUCUGGGUUUUCAACCCAUCUGGCUACUCUUUCCCUUUUAGCUUCAACACCAUCUUCUACUCUUCUCCUUCCAACUCUUCUCAGGAAGUUACUAAAUCCCCAAAGAUCGAAUCUUUACCACAUUUGGGCAGCAAUGGAAGUUUGAACAGUGAAAUGGGUGCUUCUCAGUUUUCCGGGAAGAUGGGAAAUCAGAGCAGUACUCAAAUGGGUACUGAUCAAUCUUCAAAACCCGUGAUUUCUUUGCCCCAAGAAUCCAAUCACACCAGAAAUGAGUCUUCUUUUUCUGAAGGUUCUAGUGGGGAAAAUGGUUUGCCAAGCUAUGUGGCAUUGAAGUCCAUAAGCAAUGAGGGGUUGUCUGGGUUUGAGUUGAUUAAUGGUUGUGAUUUGUUUGAUGGAAGAUGGGUGAGAGAUGAUUCAUACCCACUUUAUGCUGCUGGGUCUUGUCCUUACAUUGAUGAAUCUUUCAAUUGUUUUCUCAAUAGUAGGCCUGAUAAUGGUUAUGAAAAGUAUAGAUGGCAACCCAAAAACUGCAAUCUCCCAAGGAUGAAUGGAAGGAACAUGUUGGAAUUAUUGAGAGGAAAGCGUCUAGUUUUUGUUGGUGAUUCUCUCAACAGGAAUAUGUGGGAGUCUUUGGUUUGUCUUCUUAGGAAUUCAGUGGAUGAUAAGAGCAGAGUUUUUGAAGCUUCUGGCAGGAGCGAAUUUCGUACAGAGGGCGCCUAUUUUUUUGUAUUCAAGGAUUACAAUUGUUCACUGGAGUUUGUUCAAUCACCAUUUCUAGUUCAAGAAUCGGAGGUGCUAACCACAAAUGGGUCAAAGAAGGAAACACUGCGCCUGGAUAUGAUUCAGAGAUCCUUGGAUAAGUACAAAAGUGCAGAUGUUCUCGUCUUCAACACAGGUCACUGGUGGACUCAUGAUAAAACUUCCAGAGGGCAGGGUUACUAUCAAGAGGGUGAAUAUAUCUAUAGUCAAUUGAAUGUCAAAGAGGCGUAUGGAAAAGCUAUAACAACAUGGGCCAGAUGGCUGGAUGCUAAUAUAAAUCCUGAAAAAACUGUUGUUUUCUUCCGGGGCUAUUCGCCCAAUCACUUUAGUGGUGGAAGAUGGAAUACUGGAGGUCAAUGUCAUGGUCGGACAGAGCCAGUUCAAUACGAGGCAUACAAAGGAAAAUAUCCUGCAAAGAUGAGAAUACUGGACUCAGUAAUCAGGGAAAUGAAGAUUCCAAUCUUUUAUCUGAAUGUUACAAAAAUGACUGAUUUUCGGAGGGAUGCUCACCCAUCCAUUUACAGAAAGCAGAAUUUGACAGAGGAGGAGAGACAGUUGUCUUUGAGAUCCCAGGAUUGCAGUCAUUGGUGCCUCCCUGGUGUUCCUGAUACAUGGAACGAGCUUCUAUAUGCUCAUCUCCUUACAUAUACCCUGCAGCGGAGGAGACCAUAGGUGAAAGCUAAUCAUCAUCUGUGAAUCUUACAUUGAUAAUGUUCCAAAAUUGUCUACAGUAUUCUUUUGUUGUAGUACUGGUCAUCACUCAUUACACUACACAAGAUGAAAUCCAGCAAGGACUUUCUUCAUUAGGUUGUAAUCUGGCAAACGUCGUGUGAAGUAGGAGGUAGGCUGGGAUUAUUUUCCUUAGGUUACCAGUGAAUGUCACACCGACAAUAUUACACUGUAACGAUCACUUGAAGGACUAGUCUCUUUUUACUAUAAGCCGAUAUUUUUGCUCAGUUUUA